AUGGCGAGGUGGAACCGAUUGGUCGACAGCUCAGCAACGGCCGUCACCUCUACUACACGGACCGGAACUCGAGAUGUUGCGGCCACAGCCUCAUCAACGUCGCCCGCCAGGUCAACCGCAGCCUCCGUCACAGGAUCCAUCCUCGCGUCGAGCACUUCAUCCAUUUCUUCUGCACUGCCAACCGCCACUGAUGGAGUCACCUUCGACAACUCGACACUCUUGAACUCUACCAUCCCGGAGGGCCAGCUUCCCCUUGAGCCAAAAGUGACCCCCGGAUGGGCCGUUGCUGGCGUGAUCCUAUUGUGUGUCGGCGUUGGCUACACCCUCGUCGGUCUCAGGCAACCCAUGAUGCACAACACCCUUUCCGUCGCAUAUGCUGUUGGACUGGGUAUCACAGUCCUGGUUGUGUAUCUCGCCCCACUGCCUGUCAGCAAUGGCGCCCAAGGAGGCUUUGUCGUCGCUGCGGUGCUCCCAGGCAUCUUGGUUGGUGUCUUCGCUUCCUUGUGGUUCAAUGAGAUUACGGAGUGUUUUGCUUGCGGGCUCGGUGGCUUCUGCUUCAGCAUGUGGCUGUUGUGUCUGCAAGAAGGCGGUUUGCUUUCUGGUGUGGCCAAAGUUGUCUUCAUUGUCGUGUUCACAUUGGCAGUCUUCGCAGCAUACUUCACCCGAUGGACCCGCGACUGGGCAUUGAUCGUCAGCAUCUCCUUCACCGGCGCCACAUCGACUGUCAUAGGUAUCGAUUGUUUCAGCCGAGCCGGGCUGAAGGAAUUCUGGGCCUAUAUCUGGCACUUGAAUGACAACCUCUUCCCGGUCGGCGCAACUACCUAUCCUUUGACCAAGGGCAUUCGCGUCGAGCUUGCCGCCAUCAUCGUCAUUUUCUGCGUCGGCAUUAUCUCCCAAAAGAGGUUGUGGAACGUCAUCAAGGACCGCCGCACCAAGAGGCAAGAGGAAUUGGCCGAGGAACAACGAGCUCGCGACGAGGAGGAACUGAACAUUGGAAAGCAAAUCGAGGCUGAGAAUGCCCGUGAACGACGCGCAUGGGAGAGAGUGCAUGGUGACCACGAUUCCGGCUUCGCUCGCGACAGCGAAAGUGAGAAGGAGCCUCGCUACAACCAUAGCGCUUCGGUUCCUGGACCUGAGCCUCUGAUGGUGGCCGAAAUGCAGGGGUGUGACGCUGCCCCUCCUGUUCCUCCGAAGCCGACACCCCAGGGUCUUAUGUCCUUGGACAAAGAAGACAGCAUGGUGACAGUACGAGUCGCUCCUGACGAGGCCUACAAUGCCCCUACUACCCCGAGACGGCUGAUCGACGAGAAGGAAGCCAUGGUACUCACCACGGAGAUCAAUGACGAAAGCACCCGUGAAGCCGACGUUCCUCCUGUUCCGGAAGUCGUGCCUCUGCCUUUCAGAUUCCCUGUUCCUGACGAGAACACGCGUGGAAGAAGGGCGUCAACCGUAGCAACGUUUGCCGAUGACGAUGAAGACCAGGCGGGUGUUGUCAGCAAGCGAAGCUCACUCACGAAGCGUCUUUCCAAAGGAUCGGUCAGCCUGAUGCGGAAGGUUUCCCAACGCACGACGGGGUCACGCCCUGAGACUGGCCCUAACGAGGAUGAAGUCGCCGUUCUCAAGCACCAUCGCAAGGAGACGGACAGCUCCAUCGCAGCAACGAUCGACUCAGAAAAUGACAGCGGCGCCAGCACUCUCCAAGAAUCGCGCCCCCAGACCGCUGAUGUCAACCAGAAGCUUAGCCAGGACUCAACCGAGAAGGCCUCAGCUGCCCUCGCCGAUUCGACCGAUGAUGAGAAGGACAAGGGCGACACGAAUGCCGAUACUGCCGACAACGCGGUCGACAACAUCGAGGAGAAGCCUACCGUUGAGAACCCUGCCGCAGACAACACUGUCGAAGAGUCCGAGGGUGAGCCGACCAAGCAAGCUGACAGCGGCGACUCGAUCACGGAAGGCAACCCGAUGAAGCAGGCCGUUGAACCUGCUACCCCCUCGCAAAAAGCCAAAUCGACUGCCUCCGUACACUCGACACCGGUGAGCUUGACCCCGGAUCGCCUGCCACCUGCACUUUCCAACGUGGCUCUGCACUACCGGACGAAUGAGUGGGCGAAACACCUGAGCCAUGCCGAAGCACCUGCCCCCGAGACGUUGCCGGUGGUUGAGUACACUCAGGAUGCGCCGCAACGCGAAGAGACACCGGCGCCUCUGAACGUGGAGGAACUGAAGCAAACAGCUUUGACUGCCACGCCCGCUCCAGUUCCCACCCCUUCACCGGCACCUCUUCCUGGCCAGGCACACCCGAGGCCCACAUCUACCUUCACUGCACCUCGUACUCACUCGAGAAACAACUCCUGGGGGUCAGGAAUUGACAACGCAAACACGCCUCCUUCGCCCAUGAUUCGCAAACACCACCGCAGGGUUUCGAGCAAGAACCAGGUGCCAACAGUGCAAACUAUCGCGGAGGAAAGCCACCUUCCAUCCAGGUCUCCCAGUGUCAGCGGCUCCGAGCGCAUGCCAAUGGCAGCCUCUCCAAUCUCACCCAGCGGCUUCGUGCCGCCCCCGCCCCCGCCAGGCAUCGUGUCCUAUUCGAGCCCGCAGAGCCUUCUCGCUCAGCGAAGCAUGGCCAUCCGAAACAAGACUUAUGGGAUCUUGACCGGUGCCAACUCAACGCCGGACUUUUCCGCUGCGGCGCAACGCCCGCCUAGUGAGGUCUACUCUGCUUACGACUACCCCGGGUAUCCGCAGCAGAUGGCAGAAUCGUCCCUUGACGAUCUGCCUUUGAGCCAGCGCAAGGAAAUGAUCCGCCGCCAGAGCAGCAUGGGAACCAUUCGAACUUCCAUGUCAGACAACAGGAGAUCAUUGACCAACCCGUACCUGCCGACGACGUCCACUGAAAAGCUUCAAUUUGACUCGCACCAGCCCAGCAGGGUGUCCAACGCGCCGUCCAGGGAGGCUCGCGAGGCCAGGCUGGCGUCUUUCCGCGACUCGGUGCAGGCCGACCUACGCAACGCAUCGGCGGUUGCAAAAGUGGGCGCACACGGGCGUGAUACGUCCAUGAUGUUCCGCGUCUCAAGCUCUGCGAACCUGGCCGCUCAAGCUGCUGCUCGGGAGGCAGACAUGCAGAGAAACAUUGACCUGCAGCGCAGCUUCCUGAUGAGCCAAAAGGAGGCAGAGGCCAAGCGUCGCGAGAAGGAGAGGAUCGAGAAGGAGCGGUCUGAGCAGGCCUUCACGAGAAGCAUGCAAACUGGCGAGAUGUUUGACUUGCACAGGGAGGCGAUGAAGAGAAUGCAGCAAGGUUCCAGGAACGCUUGA